CGAAGCUAACAACACACAAGCAAAUUGAGCAAGUUGUGUUUCGGUUCCGUUAAGAAUUAACGGCUUCUAAAACCCGCCCUAACCCCUUUUCUUCUUUCAUCUCUUCACUUCGAAAUUUCACAAGGCGCGCGCAGUAUUUCAAUUUCUAGGGUUUUCGAAUUUCGAUUAUUCCGGCGUCGGAAAUGGCGACAACCGCGCCUGCAACCACCGCCGCUCAGUCGUCCGACGCCGCAAAAACAGUCGACGCCUCACUGUGGUGGGAGCCUUUCAGUGCACUUCUCACCGAGCUGGAAAACGCCUCCGUGUCAUCCGAAACCCCCCAAAAUCUGGACAGGAAGUUGAAGGACAAUCACGCGUGGUUUUUGGAGACUGUUUCCCAAUUCAAGUCAUCCAAUCAGAAAUCGAGGGAAGCAUUGGAUUCACCACGUGUGAAAAUUGGCACGCACGAGCUGAGUAUACAGCCCAAAUUGAAAGACGCCGCACUGAAGAUUAGUAGUAUCUUGUGUUUAGAUGAGGUGCAAUCAUAUAUCAUUGCCAAAAGAUCGCUGGAGCGCCAUAAUGCAACAACCGAUGAUUUACAUCCGGAUACUAUAAAUUUGGUCAUGCUCGAGUACUACAUUGAACGGCAAUGCUUGUUGAAGUGCACAAGGCAGAUCCUUAUGCAUGCCUUAUAUUUUGAAACUGAGUUGGAAGGAGGAUCUGUUGUACUGGAGGAGGCAAAACGGUUAAUUUCUGGUGGACUCGAAUGUAAAUUACUUUCUACCUUUGAGGACCUUCUAUCGUCUAAAUACCCGGAGCAGAUGGAUUUUGAUCUCUACACUUUAUGGGCCGAGGAAACACUUAUAGAGGACAACCUAAUCCUUGACAUUCUUUUCCUUGUUUAUUACGAGUCAUUUUGCUCUUGUGAUGCUGAAUGCUGGAAAAGAUUAUGUGCGCUAUAUGAGGGUAUUGUGACUGGAUCUUACAACUUCCAGAAGCUGGCAAUAUCACCAGAUGCUAUUCGUGCUAUAUAUCAUGCCAAAGUGCAGCUGGUGCUCAUUCUCAUCCAGUCUUUAAACCUGGAAAGUCUCCUUCAGAUGAUCCACGAUAACAUUCCUUUCAGGCAGGGAUCUAUUUUAUUUUCAGAGAUUGAAGUUCAACAAAUUGAUUCAAUGAUCUCUAGCUUCAAUGCUUUUGAGUCCAAAGAAUUAGGCCCUCUGAUCUUAGCAUGGGCUUUGUUUCUUUGUCUCGUUUCUUCUCUGCCAGAAAAAGAGGAAAAUAAUCUGCUGUUGGAGAUAGAUCACAUUGGUUAUGUUCGUCAAGCUAUGGAGGCUUCAUCUUUGGGAUAUUUUCUUGAAAUUCUAGAAAGUGAUACAUUGAAAUAUUCAGAUGGUCCUCUAGCUGGUUACCGAAGUGUUUUAAGAACGUUUGUAUCUGCGUUUAUUGCAUCUUAUGAGAUCAAUGUCCAGUUUGAGGAUGAUAACCUGAAACUGAUAUUGGACAUACUCUGCAAAAUCUACCAAGGGGAGGAGUUUCUAUGUGAUCAAUUUUGGGAUAGGGACAGUUUUAUUGAUGGUCCUGUUAGGUGUCUUCUUUACAACCUAGAGAGUGAAUUUCCGUAUAGAACUAUUGAGCUUCUACGCUUGUUAUCAGCUCUGAGUGAAGGUGCAUGGCCGUCUGAAUGCGUAUUCAAUUUCCUUGAUAAGUCCACUGGAGUUACAACACCUUUUGAGAUAAGGAAUGGGUCAGUAGUGGAUGCUGUUUCAAAGAUUGUUGAAACACAUUCCCCCUUGUAUGUUGCUGGCGUUGAAGGCUUGGUAGUUCCUGGAAAAUCUAGGGGUCAAGUAUUGAGAAUGCUCGACGAGAAUUGUGCUCUGGUCAGGUGGGAGCAUACAGAAUCUGGAGUUCUUGUUUUGCUUUUGCGGUUGGCCAAAGAGUUUUAUAUGCAAACCCCGGAGGAAGUCAUUGUUAUUCUUGACUUGCUCAGUCGAUUGGCGAGUUUUAACAUGGCUGUCUGUUGUACUCUCAUGAAAUCUUGGAAUUGCUCCUAUGAUGGAGACUAUAUUAUGGGGAAUGAGCAGAGAUACUUGCGUAUUGACAUCGUCGAGAUUGUUUGUGCUGUGGUGAAAAGCCUUCCCCCUAGCAUGAUUGGUGCCAUAAUGAUGUCCAUGGGGGUAAACAUAUUGACGAAAAUGCUGAAAUGCAAGCCAUCUCACGUAGCUACAAUGGUCAUGAAAGGCAACAUCUUUGACGUUGCCUUGAGGACGAACCCCUUUGAUGUUGGAUCCAACAAUUUAUCCAGUGGAUCGUGGUUGCUCUCUGGAAGACUUGCCAAAAUGCUUUUGAUAGAUUGUGAACAGAGUGACUGCUCAAUGACUCUGUCAGUGCUUGACUUCACAAUGAAUCUCCUGGAGACAGGAUUAAAAACUGAUACCAUCCUUGCACUCAUCGUUUUCUCACUACAGUAUGUUCUUAUUAAUCAUGAGUUCUGGAAAUAUAAGGUGAAACCUGCUCGGUGGAAGGUGACACAGAAGGUGCUUGAAGUCAUGAAGAAAUGUAUAUUGUCGAUCUCAUGCUGUCCCAAGCUGGGGGAAGUAGUUCGUGAUAUUAUGUUUUCUGAUUCUUCUAUACACUCUGCAGUUUUUCGAAUUGUUUGUACGACUACACCAACCUUAGAGAAACUUCAUGUAUCCCGUUUGUUUGACAUACUGGAUAUUGAGGGGUUGGAGCUUGCAAUAUCCUCUGGGUUGGAUGUCCUGAUCAGCAUGAUAUCCUCUUUCUCAAAGAAUCCACAGAGUAGUCCUGUUUUUCAUGAAGCAAUUCUAUCAACGACGACCAAGCCAGUACCUGUGAUCACUGCUGCCAUAUCAUUUAUAUCAUACUUCCGUAAUGCUAAUAUACAAAUAGGUGGUGCAAGAUUGCUCUCUGCUUUAUUCAUGGCAGAUUUCUCACAGUCCUAUACCUACAGCAAUAUGAAUCUUGGGUUGGAUGAUAAGCAGAUUGCCCAUUUCAGAAAAUCUGUAAGCAGCAUUCUGUCUCAGCAGUCACCUUGGAAUGAGGAUCUCAUUAUUGCUACUUUGAGGUUCCUAACUUCUGCUGCAAGCAAUCAGCCUGCUUUUCUUGCUGCUGUCAUCACAUCGAAGAAGUACUCAAAUACUGAAGUGCAUAAUGCCCCUGAACAUCAGACAAAGAAAACUGAGAAUGAAUCAUUAGAUUCCUUGGAAGAAAGUCCUUUAUAUGCGAUUCUGCAAUACCUAAAAGAUUCUGAAGACUUAUUACAUAGGAAACCGAAUGUUUUGUUAUGUUCCUUGAACUUCCUAAGGGCACUUUGGCAAGGUGCACCUCAGUUCUCAAAGACCUUGGAGCAGUUAAAAGUUACAGACAAGUUCUGGAAACAUUUGACCAGUUCUCUUGUGCUCAUAUCUCGUCGAGACAAUUUAUCUGAAAAGUUAACUGAAAUGAAUUUCCAAAACAUGGCCUACGAAUGUCAGAUCCUGUCCAAUGUAUUGGAUAUACUAGGUUAUGAGAUUUUCGUGCAAAAGAAGUUGAUGCAUGCUACGUCACUUGCUAACAGAAUAUCUUCAUUACCUCCCAAUGGGGCAGAAAGAACAGAGAAUUUCAUAAAAAAUGGAAGUCCAAAGGAGACUAUUUCAACCUGGUGUAAGAAUUCAGUUUUAAGUGACUUGAUCAAGGUCUGUGUUUCCUCGGAAUAUGAUGAAAGUAGUCAUACACGCGCCAAGGUUGCUGCUGCUUCAUUUGUUGUUCAUGUGAUGGUUAAAUUAAGAAGUGGUGACUCAGGUAGUUUGUCUGUCUCAUUAGUCGAAAGGGUGGUAGCAUUGUCAGAAAAGUUGUGCAAGUUACCAGUGUUUUCAGAAUUGUGGACUCAGUAUACCGAGCGUGGUUACAGUGGAGGACAAGAGCUGGAGAAUUUGAUUUUAAGUGAUCUGUUUUACCACAUCCAAGGAGAGCUUAACGGCCGUCAGAUUGACAACAGACCGUUUAAAGAGUUAUUGCGGUUUCUGAUAGAUUCAAGAUUUUUGGAUGCCUAUAAAUAUGAAAAGGAUGAUGAUCUUCCAGCCAACAUCAAGAGUGUCUACCUGUAUGACACUGUUCGCCUCAGAACAGACCUUGGAUUUGAAAUGUGGGAUCUGCUCACCUGGAAAGAGGCCAAGGACGUUGUGGAGACGAUGCUCCUUUCUUUGCAAGAUGCAAAUUCAAGAAUGUUGCACUCAACUUCUAAGCAUUCAGCUUUACGAGGGCUUGUUACUCUAUUAUACAUGCGUGAGGACAAUGAUGAAGAUUCGACAGGGCUCAAGAUUUCUGAGCAAGUAGUUUCUUCAUGCAUUGACCACAUAUGUCAGUCUAUCCAUGCCUCACUAGCAUCUUUCACUCCUGUCUCUGAUGCCAGUGAAGAUGUUGCGCUUGAUAUCCUUACAGCUCAAGCAGAGCUACUUCUACUUCUACUCAGAUCAGUAGAUACUAAACUUUCUCAGCCUGAUCGUGUUCUUAUCUUAAAGGCCUCAAGCUAUGGUCUCAAAGUGUUGAGCGGCUGUAGGCCGACUCUUGCUGCUGAAACAGCUACUAGGUAUUUGCUUAUGCUGAUCCUUGUUUCAGUCAAGCUGACUUGCAAGGAUUCGGGUCUAGGCGAUUCACUUGGAAGCGAAUCAAUUGAAGUUUCGGCUGAGGUGUCCUAUUCGAGUUUGGGGUUAUUACCUGUUCUCUGCAGCAGCAUUCAGCACCCUGAUAAUUGUACCCUAUCCUUGGCUGCUAUUGACUUUAUAUUGAAAGGUUUCUCAACCCCUGCUACAUGGUUCCCCAUCAUACAGAAGCAUUUCCCGUUGCCACAUAUUGUUCAGAAGCUCCAAGAUGCAGCUGCCUCCAAAAUGGUUCCAGUCAUAUUAAAGUUUCUUUUGAAUUUUGCACGUGUGCGACAGGGCGCUGAGAUGCUUCUAAAUGCUGGUAUCCUAGCAUCUCUAAGAAUGUUGUUGUCCGACUUUCCAGAAGGUGGUCCUUUCUCUAUAAUCCAAAGCGAGAGUGAGAGAAUCUUUGCCAAUGUAUCUGACAAAACCGAGAAGUCGCAACCCAUCUGGGGACUGAGCUUGGCCUUACUUGCAGCAAUUAUCCAGUCUUUGGGUGAUAAUUCUGCGAGUGUUGUAGAUUAUGUGAUGGCAUGCAUAUUAGUAGAGAAUGCUCCUUCAGUUUUCUAUUACCUAAGUGCACCCGAUCUUCCAACUACUGGUCAUGAAAAUAAAAGAGCUCGUGCAUUGAAAUCAAACACUUCCUUAGGUGACCUUAAAGAAACACAAAAUACUUUGGCUCUAAUCUGUGUCUUGGCAGGCCACUCAAAUUCAUGGAAAAAAUUGCUGCAAAAUAUGGAGUCCCAGUUACGGGAAAAAGGCAUCCAUUUGUUAGCCUUCAUUAGUCGAGCCACUCAGCACCCUGGAGAAUCACCUCGGAGGGAUGUUCCUUUAUCGUGCCAUCCUGUUCUCAAAGAAGAUUUUGAGUUGUACAAGAAGCCUUCAUUUGUAAACAGUAAAAAGGGUUGGUUUGCACUAUCUGCUCUUGGUUGCAAGUCAAAUCUCAAGUUGGCGGACUUGUCCUCUAAAUCAACUGCUCUGGUCUUGAGAGAUCAGUCGAAUGGCAAUACGGAUUUAUCUCCUCAGACGCAUUUAUCAGACUUAAUUGCAAUCGAGAUAUACAAGACUGCAUUCCUGCUCUUGAAGUUUUUAUGCACACAAGCUGAAGCAGCUGCCAGAAAGGCGGAGGAGGUUGGUUUUGUUGACAUUGCAGAUUUCCCCGAGCUCCCAAUGCCCGAUAUUUUACAUGGCUUGCAGGAUCAAGGGAUUGCCAUCGUCACAGAACUGUGCGAAGCGAACAAGAAGAAACAGGUAGCGCCGGAAAUACAGGAAGUCUGCCUGUUGCUGCUACAAUUAACAGUAAUGGCAUUGUACUUGGAGUAUUCUGUCAUACAAAUUUGUGGCAUUAGGCCUGUAUUAGGCCAUGUCGAGACAUUCUCCAAGGAACUACGCCUUCUUAUUAGAGCGACGGAGGGCCAUGUGUUCUUGGAAGAGCCACUGACAGUUUUGAAACAAAUUGUAGCAUUUGUGUAUCCUGAGUUAGUACACCAAGACGCCUUAUUUUGAGAUAGAUGUAUAUUCACCAAUUAUAUCUUGAUGUUUAUUGUAGAAUUCUAACUUUGAGGCCCUUAUCUGUUGUCUUGAAAUGAAGUUAGUUAAGUCGAGCUCGAAUCCUAGCUUCACUCGAGCUCAACAAGACUCGGCUUGAACGCUCCGUGAAUAUGUUCAAGCCCGAGUCUAUUAGAGUUGGUUGAGUCGAGCUCAAGCUUAGUUUACUUGAGCACACAUUGAGCUCUAGAGCUUAUCGAGUUAUUGUAAAUCUAAUAUUUAGAAUAUCUUUUAAUUACUCCAUGAUGGAAUCGUAUGUUUGUUAAAGAAUAGUAGUAUCAUUUUCUUGAAUGAUUAAACUGAACUUUUGUGAAA